GAGGAUUGAGUCUGUGCAAAUAGAUGCACCCUCCAAACCCAGGGGUGUUUCGAUUUGCAUUUGCAGCGGCCGCAGCGGAGCCGAAUAAGGCACAAGACACACGAGCUGAACAAGUAGAACAGCAUCACUCCUCAAACCUUUUGUGAAGUCAAUGUCGUCGGCGGAGGAUAUUCAUGGGCAGACGACGGCAGCAACCGCCGUUGUGAGGAUGGCAGAGAUUGAAGGGAGGGGGAGGGCACUGGUUGCCUCUAAGGCCCUAAGAGCAGGGGAAGUGGUCCUCAGGGAUUCCCCCAUCCUCCUCUAUUCUGCUAUUCCUUUGAAACCAUCUUCACCAUCACCAUCUCUAUCACCGUCUCAUCGCCACCAGCACCGCGACUACUGCUCCAAUUGCUUCAGAAUCUUAGAGCAUUCGAGUCCCUCUGUUGUUUCGUGCCCCUCGUGCAGUUGCACUGCUGCUGCUGCUGCUGUACUCGGAGGAGGAGGAGGAGGGGAAGCGGGGGAAUACCUCUUUUGUGGCCCCAACUGCCGAUCAGCCGCUCUGGCCUCGUCCCACACCCCUUGGGUCUGCCAAGCUCUAAGUCGCCUUAGAGAUUAUUGUCCUUCUUCGCUGCCGCUGCUUCAUCACCAUCAAGAACGCCAACUCCAAGCUCGUUUCCUCGUCGCCGCUUAUAAUUUGGCCAUCGUUUCUCCUUCCAAUUUCCGGAUUCUGCUAUGCCUUCAAGGCAAGUCCCCUGCCCAGCCCGAUGAUGCUGCCCUAUUCCUUCAUGCCCUCAUUUUUUCCCUCUGCCCUCCUCCUGCUCCUCAUGGCUCUUUUAGUUUUUCCUUAGAGCUAACGGCUGCUUUGCUGGCUAAGGACAAACUCAACGCCUUCGGUUUGAUGGAGCCUUUAGCCAAAGAUGGGGAGAGAUCUGUCAGGGCUUACGGUAUCUACCCCAAUGCUUCCUUCUUCAAUCAUGAUUGCCUCCCCAAUGCUUGUAGGUUCGAUUACGUUGAUGCUUCUGCUACUGCUACUGCUACUGCUUCCGAGUGCAACACUGACUUAGUUGUCAGGGUGAUUCAUGAUAUUCCUCAAGGCAGGGAGAUAUGUUUGAGUUAUUUCCCUGUCAACCUCAACCACUCGGACAGGCAGCGGAGGUUGAGGGAAGAUUACGGCUUCACCUGUACCUGUGAUCGCUGCAAGGUGGAGGCAAACUGGUCGGACGACGAGGGGGAUGAGGAGGAGGAGGAGGAAGAGACAGAGGAGGCAAUGGAUGAGGAUCAUGAUCAACUUAUGGAAGAUUCCACUGAGGAUGGCGGGGUCAAUGAAGAAAAUAAUUUCCCUCACGCAUAUUUCUUCUUGAGAUACAUGUGUAAUAGAAAGAAUUGCUGGGGCACAUUGGCGCCAUUGCCUCCGUCAAAUGGCAUUCCAUCGAGUGUAAUGGAGUGUAACGUUUGUGGCGACAUGAAAAAUGAUGAUGCUCCCUGAGAGGAAUGAAUUACUUUACUUGGUGCUUCCGUUGGCAGGGGCAUAUGGAACAUCAUUCUCUUCUAAUUUCUUAUGAAUUUUUCUUUGCUAGUGAAAUGCAAAUGCUGAAGGAUUGCUGACAUCUUAAGGUUCAUGUUGAGGUAGAUUCUAUGCUACCUUACAUGCACCCCUGCUUAUUGGAUUAUGGUUUUCUUGUUUUUGAGUGGUAGUACCAUGAUGAUACCAGGUAGUUUUGCUCCUACAUAUUUUGGCCUCAUUUUUUUCCUUUUUCUUUUCAAACAGCCCCAUAACUUCCCUUUCAAGUCUCUGGCUUGACUGCAGUUUUUUAAUUCAAUAUUUCAAAGUUGCAGCAGCAUAAUUUAUUGAGAUUGAGUAGAGUUGUGAGUUUGGUCAGAGGCUAAUAUCCGAUUUUGCAAUAAAAAAACAAGGGGUGCUGGUGGAUAUUGAAUAUCAGGAGAGGUGCUACUGCUUUCUCUUAA